UUUUAGUUUAUCUCAUUCUUAGCGUGGUUAGCAUCGGCAGCGGCACAUGAUAUCGCAUUGUCAUAAAAAUGUCCGAACAUUUUGAAAAUAGUGAAAUUACAAAAAUAUUAGAAACUCAAAAUAAAGAUACAGAAAAGCUAUUGAGUUUUCUAAAAGAACAAAAUAUUCUUGGAGUUUAUCGAUAUCUUAAAGAUGUCAACAUUACAUAUCGAAGUCUUCCCUACUUAUCUAAAGAUGAUCUUAUGGAAAUACGUCAUACAGGUUUAAGGGCAGAAUUUCGAGAAAAACUUUUCAGAUGGAGAAGAAGAAAUCAAAAUUCUAAAGAAGAAACUCAAUCUAAUGAGUCACCAGUAGUCGUUUGGAUGCAAGAAGGUGACAAACAUCAAAAUGAGUCUAAUAAUCGCCAAAAUGGAUAUGCACACAGUCAAAGUGCUUCUGAAUAUAGUCAAGAUGAAACUCUUUACAGUCAGGAUAGUAUUUUCUAUAAGAAUCAAACCAAAGACCAAAGUCGCUAUAGCAUGGGCUACAAAAAUUCUUCAUCAGAGUUUCGAAAUAUCGUGAAUGUUACAAAUAUAGUUAAUCAAAGUAUUAAAGGUAGAAUGAUACUAGCAAGUUAUAAUCAAACAGAAUUACUCAACGAUAAGCAAAGAGAUGAUUUAAUUAAUAUCAUUUUAGAAGUUGUAUUUUUUACCAAAACAAUUUUAAUACCAAAAUAUUUUCAUGAUAUUCUUGAACAAAUUGUUGAAGUAUUUCCAACAGAAAUGGAAUACAGGUAUUACUACUAUUUACCAAGAACUAAGAAUAAAAAUCCUCGAGGCCGCUUAUAUGACAAGUAUAAAAACACUCGUGCAAAACUUAAGAAACAAAAAGAGGACGAACAAAAAGAAACCGAAGUUUAUUUGGAUUUGGUGAAAAGAGAAUAUUUGGAUGAACUUGAUGAUGAUCAUGUUUUAAAAAACAACUGACGAAGUAUACAAUGUCUCGAUAUUUUUGUAUUUUAUUUUUUGUAGUAAUAAAAUA